UAAAGAUUCACCGGAGAUAUUUGAGGUUUAUUCUUUAUCACGUUUCGUAGUUUUCUUUGCUUUCCACCAUGAAAUUGAUCAUCCUCGCUGGUAUACUGGUUGUCGCCGCUACGAGCAUGGCUCAACCUGACCAACAUCCGCAGUCCGAAUGCUGUCACUUACAGAAGUACCACUUGGGCAUAAAUUCUACGCUGAAGGAUCCCAAAAAAAAGCCGUGGCAUUCCGCCAUCCGCGUGGGCCAGAUCCUGUAUGCGACCUCUAUGCGCGCCUUCGAAGACAUUGAACGCCACAAAGAAAUCAUCUCCAAGGGCGGCACCCACAACGAAACACUGCGGAUCAUGGAUUUGACGGGCCAGAUUCUCCAUGCAGCCGGCUGCACCUGGAACGAUGUGCACGAUGUGGUGGUGCUGUUUACCGACAGCCCUGCCAACUUCACUACGACCUACGAACAAGUUAACGCUACCAUGCACGAAUUCUGCGACAGACCUGAAAACAACUGCUCUGGUUUUCCUUGGACCGCCCAUUUUCGGACUGCAAAAUCUAUGAAAGACAACGCCACCGUCGAAUUCACAGUACAGGCUAGCAACUGCGACUGGAAAGGCGAAGUGGCCGACCGUAUUGACAAGGAUAAAAGUUCACAGCCCGAAUGCUGCAGCGUAUCAGAGCACAGCGUAUCAAAGCACAUUAUGGGCCCGAAUCAUGAGCUGGAUAAGCUAAUUGAAGGCUCCAACAAGCCAUAUCAAAGCGCCGUCCGUGUCGGACAGAUCCUAUACCUGAGCUCGGUGCGCGCCCCCGAUCACGUCGUCAACGGCUUCGAAAACACCGACCGCUUGCGUAGCACGAACUUGCAAGCCGAAUGGAUCAUGCGACAGUUGCACAAUGCCCUCGAGAAUUUCGGAUGCAGGUGGUAUAAUGUUCACGAUGUGACGGUGCUGGUCACCGGGGGCCCCGACGAAUACCACCAAAUUGACACAGCCGUGAAAGAUUUCUGUAAACAACCAAUCUUCCAGUGCGCUAGUUUACCUUGGGCUGCUCAUUUGCGCACUGCUCCAUCUCUCACCGGCAAGGCCACCGUUGAAUUCACAUUGCAAGCCAGCAACUGCCAUUGGACAGAAAAGUAAGCCAGUGAUUCAUACGGUCUACGGAUAACACAAACACCUUGGCUUUCGACCAUGUACCAGCGUCGUCUGGACGUACAUCCACUAAGUUACUAAGAACACCCAUUCCGAAUGCUUUUUUCGUUGCAUGCAUCAGUUUUAAACGUUGCCAUAAGCGCCUUCUGUGUUCCCGCAUAGAUUUUGUUUCCUUUGGUUUUGCUUUCCUAAUUUUCGCACUGACUGGUGUAAUUUGCGGCAAG